AUGUAUGAUGCAAUGUCUAGUGUGCAUCAGGCACCAUCAGGCCUGAUUUACCUUGCAUCGAAAAACGAACCGCCAACAGAGAUAAAUCCGACGAAACUUAAAACGAUUCUUUCGAAAUUCAAUUGUUAUCCUGCAGAUUUUCGUAAAGCAAUUUGGGAAUUCAUCUUACAACUCCCACGAAACAAAGAAGCAUUCCAAUUCUACUGUAAUAAAGCGCAACUUCCUCAAGCACGUAAAUUAUGUUCAGCAAAAGGUUGCAGUCCAAAGUGCCUUACAAUUUUCAAUGCCCUCAUUCAUUGGCAUGCACCAUUAAUCAAUUGUGAUUGGCUUCCGCCUUUCGUAGACAAGAUUGUUAACGCUUUUGGAAAAGAUCUUUUAUUCUGCUUCGAAGUUGUUAUAACAUUCCUCACAAACUACUUCUCAGAGUGGAUAUCUGUUGUACCAGGUCCCCCACCUGAAGUUAUCUCUCGUAUUGAUGCCAUUUUAGCAGAUCGAGAUUUACCACUUCGUGAAGCUCUUGGAACAGGUUUUGCUGCAUGGCCAGUUUAUAGAAGUUGCUUUGCAGAAAUCCUUUAUGACCAAUCUUGGUUUGAUUUAAUGGAUGUCGUUUUCUCAUCAAAUCCGCAGUUCUUUGAAUUUCUUGUUGUCGCUUGGCUUGAAGUUAAUAGUGCUCAGCUUCGUCUUGACCAUGCUACAUUUCAUAGUACAAGACGUCCAGCUAAUGUAAAGAAAUUAGUUCAAGUUGCUCAAGAAAUUUGGAAACAAGUGCCAAAUUCUUUAUUUACUUCAAUGAUGUUUACUCCUCUAGAGAAAGGGCAAUAUCCAAUCAUAGAAGCUUCUACAGAUGCUGUUGUUCUUCGUACACUCCAGAGCGAUCACGAUAAGCUUGCAAAUCUUCAGAAGCAGCUCACAGAAGAAAGAAGAGCUGCAGAUGAAGCCGAGAAAGUUAAAGCAAGAAAGAAACAGACAUUCGAUACAAUCGAGCAAUUACACAGAGCUAAUGCCGAUGAAGAAAGAAUUGAAACUGCUAAGGCUGCUGUUGCUCUUGAUACACAGAUGAAGCAGAUCAGACUCGAAGGCAAGCGUCUUAAGUUAACAGACGAAAGACAAUUUAUGGAACAAUGGAUUCACGAUUGGGGAAAUGGCAUCGACACAACAUCUCGUUCGAUGCAAAAUGCAUUUGGAGAUACAGAAGAAGAGAAGGAAGUUGUCGACAAGGAUAGCAUAAGAAUACAAGCUUUAACAAAUAUGAGAAGAUCAGACAGUUUGAUGAGAGAUGCAAGAAAGGCAUCUGUUGGAAGAACAAAACAGACAAGAUCAGAAUUAGAUGCUCAAAAUCAUCAAAGAGCAUUGCAUUCUGAAGUUAUGAGACUUGCUAAUGAUCCUGAUUUGUUGAUAUCUUCGUCAACUAAUUUGCAGUCUUCAAAGAAGAAUGAUGAUUAA